AUGAAUCAACCAUCGUCAUCUGAGUGUACAUCAACUGGUGAACUUCGUUCGAAGCGCCUGAAAGCCCAACAAUCGGAUGGAAAGGUCUCGGUAUUCUGGGAUGUGCGUAGUGUCAUGUUCGUCGACUAUCUUGAGAAGAAAAAUACCAUCAACAGUGAAUAUUAUAUAGUGUUAUUGGAGCGUUUGAAGGCCGAAGUUGCAAAGAAACGUCCGCAUAAAGCAAAGAAAAAAAUGUGCGUCAUCAAGACAACGCACCGUGUUACAAGUACAUGUGUGAUAUAUGAUAAUGUUUCGUCGUUUUUUCUCCAAACAGGUCACAGUGGUGUCAAUCAGUUAGGUGGUGUAUUCGUGGGAGGACGGCCGCUUCCCGAUUCAACACGUCAGAAAAUCGUGGAGUUAGCUCAUUCUGGUGCUCGGCCAUGUGACAUAUCACGAAUAUUGCAAGUUUCAAACGGAUGCGUCAGCAAAAUUUUGGGGAGAUACUACGAAACUGGUAGCAUUCGCCCACGCGCCAUUGGCGGCUCAAAGCCACGCGUGGCCACUGCGGAGGUUGUAAGUAAGAUUUCACUAUACAAACGUGAAUGUCCCAGCAUUUUUGCGUGGGAGAUACGCGACCGAUUGCUGCAGGAAGGAAUCUGUACUAACGACAACAUACCCAGUGUUUCCUCUAUCAACAGAGUGUUACGCAACCUGGCUGCCCAAAAGGAACAACAGCAGCAGCAUAGCUCGCUUUUAACAAAUGGCAGCAAUAGCAAUGGUGGCAGUGCAAGUAGUGUCACUGGCAACCCGAAUACAUCCAAUCCCACCAGAAGUACCGGUAACGGCUCUGGCGGAGGUUCUAGUAGGAGCAGCGGUGAUAUGCUACAGACCACCAACACGCCGCUGAACUCUGAUGGCAGUGUUGGUAGCAGUGCAGGAGGAGGAGGUGAUGAUGGUGGCACGAAUGGGAUGUCUGAUGGAAUUGGCGCUGCUACAGACUCAACGGAUACUGUUUAUGAUAAGUUACGCCUAUUAAAUGGAUACCAUCAACAUGGCACCAUCGGUGUGAAUUCAUCGUUUCCACCACCAUCGGGCGCACUGACACCAGCAACAUCUCAUCAGCAUCAUCAUCACCUGGAACCUCACUCGCACCCACAGACUCAUCCGCAUAUGCACGUUUCGAUCGCCUCUCUGCCACCUCAUAAUACUCAUCACCAUCCUCAUCUUGCUAUCUCGAAUCAAAGCUGGCCGCCAAGACACUAUUCCACCUCAUGGUAUUCGCCUCCACUAAAUGGUGAUGCUGGCGCUGUUAGUGAUGCAGGAGCAGCCUCGAGUGGAGUGAACAGAGCCAGUAGUGGCGGCAUUUCAUCACCUACCGAUAUUGUGACUUCAGCUUUUGCGUUAGGUGUAUUGCCCCUUAGUCCGCAUGGAAGCGGGGGUGGUACUGCUAGCGGCCAUGGUGGCAGUGAGAGCACAGGCAACUUGUCCUCCGCGCAAACCAACAGCUGCGCAAUAAGCGAAGAAAUAAUUCUGAAGAAGGGUUUCGGAGCAUAG